CGUCGUUUUCCUUAUUAUCGCGACCUUUAGAUCCCCAUCUAUCCAUCCUUUUAAACAAACAAACAAACAGACAAACAGACCUCCAAUGCUCCCAUAAACCCAAAAUCCUCUCCUUUCAGUUUCCUUUCUUUCUCUCUCUCUCUCUCUCUCUCUCUCUCUUUUCUUUAUUCUGUUUUUUCUUUUCGAGAAUUUUCGAAAAGGAAAAUGAAAUUGAAUUUGAAAUUGGAAACCCUAGAAAUGGAAAUCAGUAGCUGAAUUUGAUCUCCAUUCUAUCAUUAUAUACAAUGCUGCUGUUUUGACCAUUUUUUUGUUUGAAAUCUAAAGUAACUAAACAAAUUCCUCUUUAUCUCUCUCUGUAUCAAUUUUGUUUGGGGAGAGGUUAAAAAAAUGGGUCUAUGCAGCUCCAAACCCUCCCCAAACCUUAAUAGUACCAUAUCAUCACCUGUUUCCGAUACUAGACCUGCCGUUGUUCGAGCUAAUGAUAGCUCUAUUCCUAAACCGAAUUUAGAAAACGGGGAGCCAAAUGGAAACCCUAGAAAUGAGGAUCAGAAAGACGAAGAAGAGAAGGAGGAGGAAAAAACUGGCAAAGAAAAAGAAGAAAAAACGGCGUUAGAUAACGUUAAAAAGUCUCCGUUUUUUCCGUUUUAUAGUCCAAGUCCAGCGCAUUAUUUUUUCUCUAAAAAGUCGUCGCCAGCGAGAUCUCCGGCGGCGAGUGCGAAUUCUACUCCGAAAAGGUUUUUUAAACGGCCGUUUCCUCCUCCGUCGCCGGCGAAGCAUAUACGAGCUGUGUUAGCUCGGCGGCAUGGAUCGGUUAAGCCUAAUGAGGCAGCGAUUCCCGAAGGGAGUGAAGGUGCUGACAUGGCUACAGGGCUUGAUAAAAGCUUUGGAUUUUCAAAACACUUUGGGAAUAAGUAUGAGCUAGGAGAUGAAGUUGGGAGAGGACAUUUUGGGUACACUUGUAAAGCUAAGUUUAAGAAAGGUGAACUUAAAGGACAAGAAGUUGCUGUUAAAGUUAUACCCAAAGCUAAGAUGACUACAGCUAUUGCAAUUGAGGAUGUGAGAAGGGAGGUUAAAAUAUUAAGAGCAUUGACUGGACAUAACAAUUUAGUACAGUUUUAUGAUGCAUAUGAAGAUCAUGAUAAUGUGUACAUAGUUAUGGAGUUAUGUGAAGGAGGAGAACUAUUGGAUAGAAUACUUUCAAGGGGUGGAAAAUAUACAGAGGUGGAUGCAAAGGCUGUCUUGAUACAGAUAUUAAAUGUUGUUGCAUUUUGUCACCUUCAGGGUGUGGUGCACCGGGAUCUUAAACCUGAGAAUUUUCUCUUCACAUUAAAGGAGGAAAGCUCACAAUUGAAAGCCAUUGAUUUCGGCUUGUCAGAUUUUGUUAGGCCAGAUGAGAGACUCAAUGACAUUGUUGGCAGCGCAUACUAUGUAGCACCUGAGGUUUUACAUAGAUCUUAUGGUACAGAAGCUGAUGUCUGGAGUAUAGGCGUGAUUGCAUAUAUUCUUUUGUGUGGCAGCCGUCCUUUUUGGGCUCGGACUGAAUCUGGUAUUUUUCGGGCUGUUCUAAAGGCUGAUCCAAGUUUUGACGAGACUCCUUGGCCUUCCCUAUCUCCCGAGGCAAAAGACUUUGUCAAGCGCCUAUUGAAUAAAGACCAAAGAAAAAGAUUGACUGCUGCCCAAGCACUAUGUCAUCCCUGGAUGAAAAGUUCUGCUGAUGUCAAUGUGCCUUUGGAUAUUCUAAUAUUCAAACUCAUGAAGGUUUAUAUGCGUUCAUCAUCUCUUCGUAAAGCUGCUCUAAGGGCUCUAUCUAAGACAUUGACUGUGGAUGAGUUAUUUUAUUUGAAGGAGCAGUUUGCACUUCUGGAACCAAACAAAAACGGCACUAUAAGCUUAGAAAAUAUCAAAUCGGCCUUGAUGAAAAAUGCAACCGAUGCCAUGAAGGAGUCACGUAUCCCUGAUUUUCUAGCUUCACUUAAUGCCCUACAGUAUAGAAGGAUGGAUUUUGAGGAAUUUUGUGCAGCCGCUUUAAGUGUUCACCAAUUAGAGGCUCUUGAUAGAUGGGAGCAACAUGCUCGUUGUGCCUAUGAACUUUUUGAGAAGGACGGCAACAGGGCAAUUAUGAUUGAGGAGCUGGCAUCGGAACUUGGCCUUAGUCCCUCGGUCCCUGUACAUGCUGUUCUCCAUGAUUGGAUCAGGCACACUGAUGGCAAGUUGAGCUUCCUUGGAUUUGUAAAGUUGUUGCAUGGUGUGUCUAGCCGCACCCUUGCAAAAACUCAAUAGAAGUCUUUUAGAUGAGGCAGAUGCUCCAUGACUCGGGUGGAUGUCCAUAAACUGUAUUGGGCCAACAGAAAACCAGGUGAGAGGCACUUGAAGACGGCCUGGAAACGAAAAACAUGUUUGCUGCUGCUGUAAAUCAGGGUGCAGGAAAUUAAGUUUGAGACAGAAGUUUCAUCUGUGGCACAACCCUUGUAUACGUUUUAGGGAAAAAGAAUAAGAAAAAAAAAAAAGAAAGAAAGAAAAGAAAACGGUGCUACUUGUGUCGAUGAAGCUUAGGCAUCUGAUGAUUUCCACUUUCCACUGUAAAGCUGUGUAGUUUAAGUGUGUUUAGUUGCAGGUGUGAGAUAAUUUUCUCAAAACUGGUCGACGGACACUUGAUGUUCUUACAUAAUGGACUGGGCUGACAGGUCCGUGAUUGAUUUGUAUCA